UUAUAACACAGAGUCAGUUCCGAUUAUCAGUUGAAAGUCGAAGGUAGCAUUGGUCGCGAGCUAUGGAGAAGAAAGCAAAUAUUGGUGCUGUGAUACAUGGCAUUGAAGACAUGCGAAUGGAACCAGUUCCGAUUCCCUCGCCACGGAAUAAUGAGGUUUUGUUGGAGAUGGAUUGUGUUGGGAUCUGUGGAUCAGAUGUCCACAUCCUAACGCAUGGUGGUUUUGGCGAGUACAAGCUGAGGCGACCGAUGGUCAUCGGACAUGAGUCUUCUGGAGUAGUUAUUGGUGUGGGAAAAGGUGUUCAACGGUUGAAGGUGGGUGAUCGAGUGGCUGUAGAACCGGCAAUCGGGUGUAAGGUGUGUAAACUGUGUAAGGCUGGUCGGUAUAAUCUCUGUCCCGAAGGAAUCUAUUGCGCAACUCCACCGACUCAUGGCACUCUGCAAAAUUACUAUACGCAGGUAGAGGAUUGUUGUUUUAAGCUCCCACCGAAUGUGACCAUGGAGGAAGGUGCUCUGUUAGAACCACUAGCAGUAGCAGUUCACAGUUGUCGGAUCGCUGGUGUUAUGCUGGGAUCAAACGUGUUGAUUCUUGGUGCCGGACCGAUCGGAAUGGUUACAAUUUUGGUUGCCAAAGCAAUGGGUGCCGCCAAGAUCUGUGUGCUUGAUCUCGUCCAAAGCAAGUUGGAUAUUGCUAAAACAAUCGGAGCUGAUGUAACUUUGCAGAUUAGGAAAGGUCAGGGGGAAGAAGAUGUAGUACAAACUAUCCACAAGUUGUUGGGAGUUGCUCCAGAUAUAUCAAUCGAGUGCACCGGGGCGGAACCGUGUGUUCGACUUGGUAUUCUUGCAACCGAAAUUGGUGGAGUGCUCACUCUGGUUGGCAUCGGGCCCACAAAUAUGAACCUACCAAUAACAAUGGCAUUGGUGCGAGAAGUGGAAAUACGAUCCAGUUUCCGGUAUGCCAAUGCCUACCCAGCAGCUCUCGCUAUGGUGGCCAACGGAACGAUCGAUGCAACCAAACUGAUCACGCAUCAUUUUGAUUUAGAAAAUUCAAUCGAAGCUUUCAAAACCGCUCGUUACGGAUUGGACGGUGCAAUCAAGGUUAUGAUCCACUGUCAACCACGGAACAAGAAUAAUCCUGGAAAGAAACUGUAGACAAUUGAUGAUGAAAAACAUACGCGGUUAACUAUUGAUAAGGGUUGUUAUACUAAUAAGUAUUACUGAUAAGGAUGACAUAAGGGUUUAGUAUAUCUUGGAAACGUUAAACUGUUGACCACCAGCAAUUGUUUAUUUUUAAGCACUGAUAAGACGACCUGUUCACCUAAUUGUGUUUGUUGUUAGCUAUCUGUUCACAAUAAAUGAGGCGCAAAUUAUGACGACUCGCAA